GCGCAGGGACCAGGAAGAGAGCGAGUGUGUAUGUGUGUUUACGUGAGGACGAGAGCUCGGUGUUCUGUGGCAGGGACUGAGGGCAGCUAUGGGGAAUUCACAGAAGAAGACCCCUGCUCAUGGAGAGGGAGGGGGCCCGCACUCUCAGUCUGGUACCCCGGGGCGCAGGAGGAGUCAAGGAAACAACACAGCCAACUCAAAGACUCAGGAAGUCCAGGGGAAGAAGCCGGCAGCGAAUGGCACCCUUCCAUCUGGCAGGAGCGAGAAUGAGCCUCAGGGCUGCAGUCCUGCCGUCAGUAGCUCUGGUGAACAGGGCUGUAAUCUGGACGCACUAUGUGGUGCUCUUCCUCCUCCGCUGUCCCGGCUCAAGAAUGAGGGAAAUAUGUUGUUUAAGAGUGGACAGUUUGGGGACGCACUGGAGAAAUACACACAGGCCAUCGAUGGAUGUUUAGAAGCUGGUAUUGACAGCCCAGAGGAUCUAUGUAUUCUGUACUCAAACAGAGCUGCGUGCUUCCUCAAAGAGGGAAACAGUAGCGACUGCAUUCAGGACUGCACCAGGUCUCUUGAGCUCCGCCCCUUCUCCCUGAAGCCCCUCCUCCGGCGAGCUAUGGCAUAUGAGACGCUGGAGCGUUACAGUAUGGCCUACGUGGAUUACAAGACUGUACUGCAGAUAGACACGAGUGUGCAGGCUGCUCACGACAGUGUGCACAGGAUCACUAAACUGCUUAUAGAACAGGACGGUCCUAACUGGCGGGAGCAGCUUCCAGAAAUUCCAUUGGUUCCUCUGUCUGCCCAGCAGCACCACAGAGAUGAACCCAGUGCAGAGGUUCUGCAGGCCCGCACAGCCAGAGCUGAACAGGAAAAGGCCAGAAAAGCAGAAGUUCGAUUCAAUGUGCUGAAACAAGAAGGAAACGACAUGGUAAAGAACAACAAGUUUCAAGAUGCUGUGGAGAAAUAUAGCGAGUGUCUGGCCAUUAAACCCAGUGAAUGUGCCAUCUACACCAACAGAGCGCUGUGCUAUCUUAAAUUGGAAAGUUUCGAAGAGGCCAAACAGGACUGUGACUCUGCACUUCAGAUCGAGCCAAACAAUAAGAAAGCAUUUUACAGAAGAGCACUGGCACACAAAGGCUUGAAGGACUACAUGUCAGCCAGCACUGAUUUACAGGAAGUACUGCAGUUGGAUCCAAACGUACAAGAGGCGGAACAAGAGCUGGAGAUGGUGACUAACCUGUUUAGAGAAAGCCUGUUGGCCAAUGCACAAGGUUGAAAGUGAAGCAAUAAAUAAUUAAAGGAACUGGGAGCUCCAUGAUGAUCUGACCCUCCCUCUUUAAAGCGUGAACAUUGGAUCCACGAGCCUGAGAAUCCCGCUGCAGUCCUGGAAGACGGAGACCUCACAGUCCUGUCAGGAGGCUCCAUCCGUCUUUCUGCAGUCUGUCAAGCAACACAAGCAACAUUUCCCUUCCAGCAAAAACUCCUCAUCUCACAUUCUACUAGGAUCAUUGUGUCUGAUGCAACGCUGACAAUGCAACGCAUGCAAACGGUUUAUUCUCUCGCUUCAGUAGGCACGUGUGAGCAUGGCACAGCUGGCAAAGUUUUUGUCAAACUGGAAUCCUGGAUUAUGACGAGAGAAUGUGCCUUUUAUAUUAAGCUGUGGCUCACACGUCGAGUGAUUUAACACUCAUGGGCAAAGUCAUAUAGGAACAUUUAUUUGCUACAUUUAAAAUGUUUGAUUUCUCAAAAUUGAAUAUAUUUUUAAUUGCUAUUCCAUUGUAUUGUGUAAUAAUGUAUAAACUGUAUAAAUUGUUUUUUGGCCUUCAACCCUACCAGUAUAUGCACAGAUAAAACAAGAAAUCACAAGGUAUGAAUGUACUCUAAAAUGACAUGUUCAUCUGUAAACUAUUUAUUGCAGUUGUUCAUCUGUAAUAUAUUUCAGAUGAACAACUUUGCAAGAGCUAAAUAAAUGGCUUCAUAAACUUAUAGGUGAAAUAUUUUUGCUCUCAGACAACUGUAAAAUUUCAGAAGCACCUCGUGUAUGCUGAAAUUGAAAACGCACUGGAAAUGGGUAUUUCACAUUACACAACCUGUCCUGUGGUGACAAGACCAUUUUAAACAGCAUUUUUCUUAUUCUGUAUUGAUUGCAAAUGCAUUUUUUAUGGCCCUGUAUUAAUUUGAAUUUAGUACUUUUAAAAAGGCAUUUGUCACACUGCAGGACCACUUAAAAUGAAAGGCAAAAGGUGAUUAAAAUGCUGAAAACUUAAAGGUCAUAGCACUUCAAAUAUACACUUUCUUGUUUUCCUUUAUAUAUAAACAGUACCGUGCAAACGUUUUUGGCACUUGUGAAAAAUGUUGCAUAGUGAGGAUGUCUUCAAAAAUAAUUUUCAUUUAUCAAUUAACAUCAUACAAAGUCCAGUAAACAUAUAAAAGCUAAAUCAAUAUUUGGUGUGACCACCUUUGCCUUUAAAACAGCCCCAAUUCUCCUAGGGACACAUGGACACAGUUUUUCUUGGUAGUUGACAGAUAGGAUGUUCCAAGAUUCUUAAAGAAUUUCAUUUAGACUGUCUCAAUUGAUUUCUAUGUAAUCUCAGACUGACACUAUGUUUUGUGGGGGCCAUGACAUCUGUUGCAGAGCACCCUUUUCUUCUAUUCUGAUCUUUUCUAUUUGCAAAAGUAAUGUUUGGGAGUCUAACAUUUAUAUUCCCUAUUGACACACUAAA